AUGUACACCACGCAUUACGUACUAUUACCUACGGCCACUAUGGAAAGUAUGCAAGAACGCAUGAGAUACAUGACUGUUUCAAAUUUUCUCUAUGAAAUUAUGUUCAACCCAUUCAGUACCAGUGCUAAAGAUGAAAAUACAGAACCUUCUCCUUCUAAAACUCGACGUAAAGCUCAAGAUGAUUCUUGUCAAAUAAUGGUGGACAAUUCAGAUAACAUAUUGAAAGUAAUAAAGAGAUUAUAUUUUGAUAAGGAAAUGUGCGAUGUCUACCUUAAAGUGGGCAACAAGGAAUAUGGUGCACACAAAUUGAUUUUAUGUUCAUCUAGUGAUGUCUUUCAAGUGAUGCUCAUGAAGCCAGAGUGGACAGAGUGGCAUGAAAGUAGGGUUGAGCUUCAAGAAUUGCCUAUAUGUGUACCAGUUUUCCACUUGUUUCUGGAAUAUUUUUAUACAGGGAACAUCCUCAUCACCCAUACAAAUGUCAUGCCAAUUUUAGCCUUAGCUGACAAGUACAUAGUUAGAAGUUUAACAAGGACUUGUCUGAGUUAUAUGUGCCAACAUGUACCCCAUGCUUCAUCUCAUAAUCAGCUGUUUGCCUGGUUGCAGUAUAGCACAGCUUGUUGCCACACAAAAGUAUUUGAAACUUGCCAAAACUACAUAAAAUGGAAUUUUGAAUCUGUGGCCAACACUCCAGACUUCAGCAAUUUUGAUGUCGAUAUGUUUAUAAGAAUUUUGCAGCAAAAUGACAUAGUGGUUCACAAUGAAAUGGUCCUCUAUAAUUGUGUGGUAAGGUGGCUGGAUUUGCAGAAAAUAAAAAUCCAACAGCAAAGUAGUCUUGAUGGGGAGAUCAAUGAAGAGUACAAAAUGUUGAUUGAGAAGAUUAUGAAGCAUGUAAGGUUCCCAAUGAUGACUCCUAGGGAGCUAGCUGAUCUAUUACUCUCACCUGUGAUAAAGCAACAUAAGGAAUUUUUUGUUGACAGAAUGGCAAUAGGUAUGAAGUAUCAUUCAGGCAUGACCAAUCAAAUCCAAUCAAACAACUCUGAUGAAGGUUGUUUUUUGUUCACCCCUCGUCUAUAUACCUGCGACAGCUGUAGCGCUCUUCUGACAAUCGAGAACUUUCAUGAUAUCCCCAACUACCACACCAGCACCUUUGUUUUCUCCUCCCAUCUAUCUGCUGCUGAAUACGAGUCACACAAGGUGAACGAGUGGCUAGUUGACCUAUAUCCUAAGGGAGUCUGGUUCAAAAAAUGUUUUCUGAUCGUGUGGCAGGGCACCCUGGAAGUGCCUCAGGAGACAUUAUCCACCGUUAGACUGUCUUUGACAUGCAGAGAGCUUUCUGAGUCAGAAAUGAGAGUCAAGGUGUCAGUUUUGACUUACGGCAUGCAAGGCGGCAUCGAGCACGUGAUGGAAGUCAAGGAGAAAAUCCACCACUUCACUGGUCAAGACAAAGUCGUCAACAUCGACGAUCUCAUUCCUUUCGAAGAGCUGAACCCGUCGGCCUCUUUGCAGGGCCGACACGAGACGUCCUAUUUAGUGGGGCCCAACAGGGACAAACUCAAAUUGAACUUGGUCAUAGCGCCCAUCAGGUAG